AUGUUGCGCAAGAAGUCGGCGCUCAUACGUGCAAACGCCAUGGCCAAGCGUCAAAGGAGAGUGCCUCUAUUCUUUGCCUAUCCCAUGAAGAAGCUAGGCACGGCAACAAAUAGAGUAGACCCUGCAGUCUUGGUGGCCAUCAAGGAGCUGAACCCAGUGUUUGGCCUGCUGGAGCUGUACACAUUUGAAGCUUCUUGCAUCAGUGUUUGCAGUGUGUACUACCUUGCCAACAUGCAAAAGGGUUGCAGUGCACCAAAACAUGAUCCCAAGUGGAGCAGAUCAGCAGAUGGCCCAUGGGCUAGCAGAUCAGCUUGAGGGACUUUGGGCUCACAGAGGAUAUCACUUUGCAAAAGGACUGGAGCUGCUCUGUCUUUUGUCUGCCCCGCUUGCGUCCACGCAUUGUCGUGCUGUGGGAAGGUGCGGUGGGAGAGACUGUUCAGAGCAAGGCAGAAGCACAGUUGCAGGGAAAGAUGACUGCUUGCAAGGUGGUGGUCAGAUCAUUGUAUGUCAUUGGGAGACAGACGCUGCAGAAGUGGCUUGCUCAUCCACACACCUGCAUUGUUGCCAUUGGUGAUAGCGCUUACCACAUGCUCUUGUACAGGCUAGAGCAUCAGCGUGCCGAGGUGAUUGUGCACCCGCGCUUUGCCACGCUUGGACGCACCUUUUCUUGCCCCAACCCAUCCAAGCCACGCUUGCACCCAGUCAAUGCGGUGCCAGAUGUGCUGAGCAUCAAGACUGGCCGCUCAAGCACACCUCUCAUCACCACGCUUCCCAUGGUGGUGGCAAGAGAGGAAGAUACUGCUGUUCAAGCUGAUGCUGUCCUGACCUGCAUUGAGACGGCAGCGUUGCUCUCUGCUAGCCAGGGCCUAGAGGCAGAGGAGCUCGAAAGGUGCAUCAGGCUGGCAAAGAGCUACUUGUGCGGAACAGGCACACAUGUGGCGGGCAAUGGAAUGGUCAGUGUGGAUGUGGAAGAGGCAGAAGGGCUGGGCAGGUGCACAAUGCUUUUUGGGCGCUGCAGAAACCUGCUGCCCUUGCCAUUGCAUGUGGAAGGAGAAGAUGCAAAGCUGCAACAGGUGUAUCUCACGCUCAAAGUCUGGAAGGAUGGCACCUUUUGCAAUCCCAGUGGCACAUUUGCACUGUCGAGCAUUGCAGAGCAAGCGUCUGAUGGCACAGAUCCCAUGGAUGUUGAUCUGCCCAGCACAAGCAAUGGAGGUGAGUAUGUGGAUUGCUCCUCUUCUCCUGCAGCUGCUGCACCUGCAUCCACAGCAACUGCAAGCCAGCCCACAGAAGGCAACCUUUGCUUUGUCUCUUACAACAGCAAGCACAAGAAGGAGCAGCGGUGGAUUCACUUGCUGGCUUUUGUGCAAGUGGCCCUAAUGGGAGUUGGAGAGUCGUUUUGCAAAUUAUGGAGGCAGAAAAAGGUGGAGAAGGGCAGCUUGACAAGUGCGCAUUGGAACAUGCUACUCCAGAUGCAGUGGUUGAGCAUGCAGCCUUCUCAUUCUGCGUUGGUCUGCACAGGUGUGCUCCAGUUUACAAGCAAUUGCAGCACUGUCAAGGUUAGUCCUGUGCUGCCACCUGUACCUGCUGAUGUCAAUCAGCUGGCCAAUGCCUGCUCAUGA